UACCACCGGCAGUUCCGGUUUCCUGUCUCCCUUUCCUUCGAAUUUAAACCCCACGCUCCCCACUCUCACCCCAUAUUCACCACUCUCGCUCUCGAAGUUUCGGACCGAUCUCUUAACUUUUUCAUCAAUCCAAUGGCCAAGAUCAAGAUCGGAAUUAAUGGAUUCGGAAGAAUCGGCAGGUUGGUUGCUAGAGUUGCUUUACAGAGAGACGACGUUGAACUUGUUGCCGUUAACGAUCCUUUCAUCACUACUGAUUACAUGACCUACAUGUUCAAGUACGACAGUGUCCACGGUCACUGGAAGCACAGCGAGGUGAAGGUGAAGGACUCUAAGACCCUUCUUUUCGGUGACAAGGCUGUCACUGUUUUUGGCGUCAGAAAUCCGGAGGAGAUCCCAUGGGGUGAGACCGGUGCGGAAUACAUUGUAGAGUCCACUGGUGUUUUCACAGACAAAGAUAAAGCUGCUGCUCAUUUGAAGGGUGGUGCUAAGAAGGUUAUCAUCUCUGCCCCCAGCAAGGAUGCCCCCAUGUUUGUUGUAGGAGUCAACGAGAAGGAAUACAAGCCGGAACUUAACGUUAUUUCUAAUGCUAGCUGCACCACCAACUGCCUUGCUCCUCUAGCAAAGGUUAUCAAUGACAGAUUUGGCAUUGUGGAGGGUCUGAUGACCACUGUUCACGCAAUCACUGCCACACAAAAGACUGUUGAUGGGCCAUCCAGCAAAGACUGGAGAGGUGGAAGAGCUGCUUCAUUUAACAUCAUUCCUAGCAGCACUGGAGCUGCCAAGGCUGUUGGCAAAGUCCUCCCUGCAUUGAAUGGGAAAUUGACUGGAAUGUCUUUCCGUGUUCCUACCGUUGAUGUCUCGGUCGUUGAUCUUACAGUGAGGUUGGAAAAGAAGGCCUCUUAUGAGGACAUUAAGGCAGCCAUCAAGGAAGAGUCUGAGGGAAAAUUGAAGGGAGUUUUGGGGUACACUGAAGACGAUGUCGUGUCCUCUGACUUUGUUGGUGACAGCAGGUCAAGCAUCUUCGAUGCCAAGGCCGGGAUUGCAUUGAAUGAUAACUUUGUGAAACUUGUCUCGUGGUAUGACAACGAAGUAGGAUACAGUACUCGUGUCGUUGACUUGAUUGUGCACAUCGCAUCUGUCCAGUAAGAUGGACCUGAUGAUGAGAAGGGUUUAAGGUUCUACGGUUUCUUCUUGUUUGUUCCCAGUACUAGAGAGACUCAGCGAUGAGCGAGACUAUUUGAAUAAAACAACGUUUUCAAGCCGCCGGUUAUUUAAAGUUCUUGAGUCGUAAUGUCUGGUUGUCUUUUUUGUUGAGACGAUGUUGUGGGAUUUCCCACCCCUUUAGUUUGUGUAUUUGUAAUGUUUUUGAUGUGUAACAAAAACUCCCAACUUGAAAUAGAUUGGUUUUUCCAA